AUGCCUCCUCUCCACCCGUCAUCUGCAGCGCCGAUAUCAAUACUCCGACAUCCUCUCGAACUCCGUUCCCUUCUACCAUCACUCCACGACCUUGCCCCACGCCUCCUAUCCCCAAACACCCCUCUUCUACCAACCAGGACGACACCAUUCUCCCGCACACUCGCAUCCCUACUCCGACGGCAAACUACAGUCACAGCGACCGCCAGCCCCAUCAUCCCCGCCACUUACUCCGGACUCAACUCUGGCCCCACACCCGGCACAGUAGUCGGCAUCGUCUUUGGCUCCGUAGCCGGCUUCCUCCUCCUCCUCUGGCUCAUAUACACAUGCUUCGGCUUGGGCGGCGGGGCCCAAGGCAGUUCAUCGGUCGUGGAAGAAGAAGUCAUUCGCCGGCGUUCCCGGUCCCCCCCCCGCCGAGCACCCUCACGACGGUCCUCUCCGCGAUCACCACGGCGGACGGUUGUUGCAUCCAGUGUGUCUGAAAGUGAAGUCGUGAUGGAAGAGGUUCCGCGAGAACGUACGCCACCGCCGCGAAGGAAUUCGAGUAGGAGGGCGGAAACCAUUAUUGUGGAAGAAACAAUAAGGCGAGCGCCUCCAGCACCCCAACAAGAUGCAUUUGUGGAGGUGAUUGAAGAGCAUGACGAACCACCACCGCGGAGGAGUAGGAAGGCGCAGGGUUUCACGCAUAUUGAUCCGGAAGCUCUCGGUGGAGGAGAUGGGAAAUUCAAGAGAGUGCCUAGUCGGAGAUGA